AUGUUAAUCUUUAAUCUCCAUGUCAUGACUGCGGCAGCAGUAUUACACACAUCCCUGGCCUCUGCCCAAGAUCUGGAAGAAAAGGUGUGGGCAGUCGUUGCCUACAACCUUUACGGAGAUAGUAUUCCAACAGCCCUACCUCUUCCGAAAGCCUUGACGCCGUAUGGGGCGAAUCAGUUGUAUGCGGCAGGAUCCGUGUUCCGGGACCGCUAUGUUGCAAUACAUGAAAACGAUAACGCUUCAGUUACAAGGAUCCAAAAUAUAUCGCCGUAUUUGAUAGAUGCUGAGGAGGUGGAUGUGCUUUCGACCACUGAUCCGUCAGUUGUUGCAUCUGCUCAGGCUUUCAUGCAAGGCCUUUACCCACCUCUCGAAAAAUCGCUUAACGCAACAUUCUCCGAUCCCUCAUUUCAACUUGCCAAUGGCACUAUAGCUACUGCUCCCUUGGGUGGAUAUCAGUAUCCCCGAAUCAUCACUCUUGAUGCAGCAGACCCGCGAUCAAUCAAGCUGGACGGAGAUACAGGUUGCCUGCUGCACCAAGUUGCCGAUACUGAGUACGAAUACGGCCCGGAUGCUCAAGAGAUCAAGCAGGAUUCAGCGGCCUUUUAUAGCAAAAUUUACCCGUUGUCUUUGUCUGGAGUAUUGGAUCCUUCUUCGGCCAAUUAUGAAAAUGCCGUUAUGAUCUCAGAAUACUUGGACUACGAGUCUGUGCACAAUGAAUCAUUAUUGCAUAACAUGAACCAGGAUGAUAUAGACCGUGCUCGUUCUCUUGCAGACCGCUAUGUUUUUGCAACGAAUGGCAAUAUGCCAUCAUCAGGGACUAAUGUCAGUGACCGUAUCCGCACUGUUGCGGGACGCACAUUAGCCUCAAGCAUUUUGGAUGCUUUUAACAACAAUAUCGACUAUCGAGGUGCCAACGGGAAAAUGACACUCAUGUUUGGUAAUGACGAGCCUGCUGUCGCUCUUACAUCCCUUAUGCAGCUGGCGUCGCCAAAAUAUGGAAAUUUUUACGGACGUCCCACGCCUGGUGCAUCAAUGGUGUUUGAACUUUACAGUCUGGAGAAUAACUCCAGUCCAGCGUACCCCGACCCGUCUCAGCUUUACAUUCGAUUUCUCCUACGAAAUGGAACCCAUUCGCCCGACUUCCGAUCCUAUCCACUCUUUGGACAUGGACCCAGCAAUAUAGCCAUUCCUUAUACAGAAUUUCAAGCAGAAAUGGAGGCGUUUUCGGUGGGAUCGACGAAAGAAUGGUGUCUUCUUUGCAACUCACAAGCUACGUUUUGCUCUGGCGUCUUCGGUGGAGAUGAGGGUCGACCUACUAGUGAUAAGGGACUGAGUCCUGCAGUUGGUGGUGUCAUUGGGGCAGUUGUUACACUAGUAACGAUUGCUCUCAUCUCAAUCGUCGGAUUUCUAGUAUGUGGUUUCCGCAUGAAUCGCACUCGGCGGUCAAGCCUCGGAGGCUUCAAAGGCAACAGCAAAAUGGCAAGUGAUUCUGAUGUCACAUUCAAGAAUCCUACUUGGGAGGAUGUCAAACCAGCGGAAACCCAAGAGGCUAAUGGCAGCGGUGCUGGUAUCACUGUCGUGAGAGGACAUGAGCGCACAGGCAGCUGGGAAAUGAAAAGUCAACAACAGACUAAUAACAAAAAUCAUAAUCAUAACACGUGGAGAGAGCAAGCCACGUCUCCAUUUGAUGUACCAGAGGAGGAGGAAUGGCAAAUCCACAGUGCUAUACAACCAGUCGCAGCCCGUGAAAAUAAUUUGCUCCGCCAAAACCAAGCAAGCACCAACGCCUUAACUGAACAAUCGGCCAAUCGGUCAAGAACAGUGUCGAAUAUUUCACAUCAUACUGAAGUUUCUCUAAGUCGUUUACACUGUCCAAUUCGCGUGCCGAAAGAUCCUCCUCGAUCCAGCCGCGCACAGACUGAUGCUGGCUUUGCGCGAUUUCUCAAGGAUCAUACAUCCCCUAAACAUCAACGCGUUACCGCCGGUGGUCGUAUCGUCCCUAUGGAGCCACAAACCCCUGUACCUAAAUUUAAAUUGCCUGUGCAGAAGAAGCAGACAAGCGAUCACGAGGUUGAGGCACCCGGGUCUCUUCUGGGGAUCGAACGCGAAUGUGUAUCCAGAAAUAUUUCAGUAGGGCCAAUGGAAUCGAACUCUAACAGAAGCGAUGUAUCAAGGAACUCUAUCGGCCCUACUGGAAUUCUCCCAGACCUUGCAAAGAUACCCCUCGCAAAUGGCUUAUUUGACCAAGCAUCUCAAGGAUCAGGAUGCCCGUCGACUAUUCCGUGGUCCGCUCCGGGCUAUGUCGUACCUUCCGGAUUUCCAGUUGCGUUCAACAAUCAGCAACUUCCUCGCAUUGAUCAGUGCCCUCAAAUGGCAUAUGUACCGGUAUUCCCAGAUCCCACGAUGUAUAGCGUUGGCUCGGAUAUGUACCAAGGCUUGAAUAUGCAGGGUCUUAUGUCUUCUAUACCAACAUCACUUCAGCCACACUUGGCUGUGUCAACAUCAUCUUCUGACUUUGCAUCAUGCAGUAACGCUGCUAGUGCAGGCUCUUCCUCAGCUUUCAGUCAGGGCCAAAUGAGUUAUGAACCCGGCUAUCCGACUUUUGCGCCUCAGGUAUAUCAAUUUGUCGGUAGUCAGUACCCAGCACUCAAACAGCCACAACAUCUCUCAGGAACACCCCAAGGAAUGCCACAUCUGAAAUGCCUAGAUGAAGCUAAAACGCAGCAUGAGUCUCUUUCAGCUCAGCUCUCCCGUCUCGACAGGUACAUGGCUAUACACACCUGGGAUAUAGACUCUCGAUCGAAAAAGGCAAUGGUUGAACAGCGAAAGAGUUUGGUGCGAGAGUUAGACGUAGUCCGAAUGUAUAGAGAGCAGCUGGAACUGAUCUUUGGCAAGCCACACAUGAAUGGUUCAAGCGACCAGCAAAGGGUCAAUGCUGAUUUCCUCGUACCACCUAGUACCUAUCUUACAGGAAAUACGGCAGACUAUCAAGGGUUUUUAGGGCCAAUGUCUUCAUCAUCUAGUGCGAGCUGCACAGGUCAGACAUUGCCUGCAUACUUGGCUCCGCCUACACUCCCCAUGCUUUGCCCAGAAAGUGAAACUGCCAUCCCAGUGUUUCCGUGGCAAACUAUGGGAAAUCCAGACUCAGCUGUAUGCGUUAAAGAUAUUUCCGCAAACAGGACUCUCGGAGCUCCCAAUUUGUCUCAGCAAAAUAAUGAAUUGAGAACAAACCUAAACAUAAACCAACGAGACAGGUCAAUCUACACCUCAACUUUCAGCGAUGGGUCUGGCAGCACCGGUGAUGAACAGACAUCAUCUUGGAUGCCAUCACCACUAGAUCUUCAAAACCUGUAUCACAAAAUUGAAGAGGCCACAGAGCGGGGCGAACCUGUUGGCAGGCUACUAAAGGAAUUGUCUGUUGUUACCACACAGCUCGUAAAGCAGAAAAGGGAAGAAGGCAGAAUCUCUCAUCGGUCAAUGCGAGGCAAACAGGGUUUGCCGUCACUUCCAAGCGGUAAACCAGGUUCGGCGAGAAUGACCACCAAUGGCAAGCCAGUGAAAUAUGAAGGACAUCGCUGGGGAUCCGAAGUUCAUCCUCGAGAAGCUGUCAAAAGCUGCGGUGGCACGUCCUCUACAUCAGACAAUGAGGAAAAUGGGAAACUCUCUUCGUCUUAUGUGUCUACAACGGACUCAUGGGCUACUGUUCAUGAACGAAACAAGCGCCUAGUUAGCAUGGGCUCUCUGGAAGAUCCCAAAUAUGGGAAGAAUCCGGAAUCCAUUUGGAAAAGCACUCGACCACUUUCCAAGGACAAAGUUGUGUUAGCUGAGACACAUGCUUCGGGUGCUCCACAGAAUAUUGGAUGGGUCCUGGGACGAUUGGAAGACAAGCAAGAGGUCAAGCCGAGCAACAUUACCGCGCUACAUCGUACCCACAGAAUUCGUGGAGGAGACUCAGACAUGCAGAAUAUGAAGCUGCCAAUAUCGUCUCUGAAUACACAGCUCUUGAACAGAAAUCGGGGCUUAGUGUUUCAAAAAACAGCCGCUUUGGCGGUUCCUCAAAACGUCAACGUACAGGCUUAUGUGCCCUCUUUUGACGGCCCUGGAGAUACGCCUGGAAACGAGACAAGCCAGCAAGCAAUGGAAACCGGCGAUAGGCAGAUGCAGGGGACCGUACUCCAUAGCUCGGCUCAAGAGACUAGACCAUGGUAUAUACCCAAGCAGCGUCCCAAGCCUAGUCGGGAAAUCCUACGUGACUUCUUUCGCCAAGUUAGAGAUGAGGAGCGAUGUGAAAUGCGCAACUCUCAAAACGAAGGUCAAUCUAAUGGCCGGUAA